AUGGCUGACGACGCCACGCCGGACGAGGCGACCGUACAAGUGCUACGAGACGUGGCCAACCGCCUCCGGAUCCAUUCCAUCCGGGCCACUUGUGCCUCUGGCUCCGGCCACCCCACGUCGUGCUGCAGCGCCGCCGAGAUCAUGUCGGUAUUGUUCUUCCACACUAUGAGGUAUAAACAGACAGACCCAGAACACCCGGACAACGACCGGUUCGUCCUCUCCAAGGGCCGUGCUGCCCCCGUCCUUUAUGCCGCUUGGGCAGAGGCUGGCACCAUCAGAGAAUCCGACCUGCUGAGCUUGAGGAAAAUUGACUGUGACCUAGAGGGACACCCCACCCCUAGACUGUCGUUUGUUGACGUGGCAACCGGAUCACUGGGGCACGGGCUGGGCGCUGCGUGUGGAAUGGCUUAUACGGGCAAGUACUUGGACAAGGCCAGCUACCGGGUCUUCUGCCUCGUGGGAGAUGGCGAAUCCUCGGAAGGCUCAGUCUGGGAAGCCUUGUCCUUCGCUUCUCACUACAACUUGGACAAUCUCGUAGCAAUCUUUGAUGUGAACCGCUCGGGACAAAGUGGUGUCACACCACCUGAGAACUGCACGGAUGUCCAUGAGAAGCGCUGUGAAGCAUUUGGAUGGAACACUUACCUAGCGGAUGGCCAUGAUGUCGAGGCGUUGUGCCAAGCAUUUUGGCAAGCCGCUCAAGUGAAGAACAAGCCCACUGCUAUAAUUGCCAAGACUUUCAAGGGCCAGGGUCUUCCAGAUGUUGAGAAUGCAGAAAAUUGGCAUGGAAGGCCAGUGCCAAAAGACAGAGCAGAUGAAAUUAUCAAGUUAAGUGAGAGCCAGAUGCAGACCGACAGAAGUCUCCUGCCGAAAUCCCUUGUUGAAGAAUCACCUCAAAUCAGCAUCAUGCGUAUAAAGAUGACCUCUCCACCUGCUUAUGGGGUUGGCAACAAGAUAGCUACUCAGAAAGCAUUUGGUUUGGCUCUGGCCAAACUUGGCCGUGCCAAUGGAAGAGUUAUUGUCUUGGAUGGUGACACAAAGAACUCCACCUUUUAUGAGUUACUCAAGAAAGAACACCCUGAGAGGUUCAUUGAAUGUUUUAUUGCUGAGCAAAACAUGGUAAGUGUGGCACUGGGCUGUGCUGCACGGGGUCGAACCGUUGCCUUUGUUAAUACCUUUGCUGCCUUUUUGACCCGAGCAUUUGAUCAGAUCCGGAUGGGAGCCAUCUCUCAAACCAACAUCAACCUUGCUGGUUCCCACUGCGGGGUGUCCACUGGUGAAGAUGGACCCUCCCAGAUGGCCCUGGAGGAUCUAGCUAUGUUCCGGAGCGUUCCCAGUUGCACUAUUUUCUAUCCAAGUGAUGCCGUCUCAACAGAGCAUGCUGUUUGUCUGGCUGCCAAUACCAAGGGAAUGUGCUACAUUCGGACCAGCCAACCGGAAACUGCAGUUAUUUAUGCCCCGCAAGAAAACUUUGAGAUUGGACAGGCCAAGGUUGUCCGCCACAGUGACAAUGACAAGGUCACAGUUAUCGGAGCUGGAGUUACUCUGCACGAAGCAUUAGCAGCUGCUGAUGUUCUUUCUGAAGAAGGUAUCUCUAUCCGCAUUAUCGACCCAUUUACCGUUAAACCCCUGGAUGCUGCUACUGUCAUCUCCAAUGCAAAAGCCACAGGCAACCAGGUUCUCACAGUGGAGGAUCACUACCGAGAAGGUGGCCUAGGGGAAGCUGCAUGUGCAGCUGUCUCUGGGGAGCCUGGCAUCCUUGUUCAUCAGCUAGCAGUGGCAGGAGUGCCUGGAAGUGGGAAACCUAGGGAGUUGUUGGAUAUGUUUGGAAUUAGUGCCAAACACAUCGUAGCAGCUGUGAAACACAUGCUAAUGAACUAAAAUAGCUGAUUUUUUUUUAAAAAAGUCAAUCUUUGGCCUUUGAUCUUAAAACAGUUAACAAAACUGUCAUAUAUAUACCAUUGUGCUUUUGUUGUUAUUGUUUCUAAAGCAGAGCCUGUUAACUGCUUUCUUCAUUCUUAAUUCAGAAAUUCAAGUUAACUACCUUUCUGUUAAACUGUGACUAUGUAUAUAAAUGUCACUUCGUUUUUGAAUCAUUAAAGUGGGUUAUAAACUUUUAAGUAACAAAAGAGCAAACAAAACAACGACCUAAUACAAAAUUAUCUGGUAAAAUUACAGAUAAGUGAGUUGGGGAUCAAUGUAGAGGUACGUAGUUCCUUACAUGUGUGUAAUGUAAGUAAAAAAAAAAAAAGUAUA